GCCCAGCUGAUUCAAUUCGAUCCCGAUAUUUAUAAGCACACGCUGAUUUGGAACUUUUUAAACUAAAACAGAAUUUUUACUUUCGGCUUUCGGUUUCAUUAAAUUUUCAACAUUUAUUUGAUUCUAUUGAAUCAUAUAAAAUAUUUCUAAAAUGCGUGGCUGACAGAAUAAAGAGUGUGUCUCCGCGGCCGAUAUCGCAAUACAAAUAUGUCUAAUUUAGAAGCACAUGCACAAGCAAAAGAUGUCAAAAUUUCAACAAAUUUACAAAAUUACGCUUCAACUUGCAAAUCACAGUUUAAUGAUCUUGAUGACAAACCCUGCGAUUUGCCUUGCUUACUUUGUGACACCAGUUUUACACUUCCUACAAAGGAACAAGAUUUUCUUACGCAUUUGUUCAAUGAACAUCGUCUUGUUAUUGGAGAUGUAAAAAAAAUAGCAAGUUUAAAAAGUUACAUUCGUUAUUGGAGAGUCAAAUUCAAAGAGCAGCCAUUAACUACUUUUUGUACUACGUUGACAGCAGAAAAAAAGGAUUCAGCAUCUGCAGAUUCUAUACCCGGGACAGAUGAUUUUUACUUUUUACUCUCAGAUUGUCUAAUGGAAGACAAAACUCUCCGGGAUGAAUUGCGUAGAGCUAAAUUAGAAUGGGUACUAGCAGAACAAGUAAAAGAGAGAUCAGAUUCAACAUUUAAAAGAGGAUGCAUGUUCUGUCGAGAAGAAUUUGAAGGUUCACGAAUUGAAUAUUUGAAACAUCUUUGUCAGAAGCAUAAUAUUUUUCUUGGAAAGCCUGAAAAUUUAGUUUUUAUUGAUGAGUACCUUGAUAAAAUACAAAGUAAUAUAGAAAGGUUUUUAUGUAUAUAUUGCGAAAAAAAGUUUAAAAAUCGUGUAGUAUUAAAAGAACACAUGCGAAAAAAAACACAUAAACAAGUAAAUCCUAAUAAUAAAAACUAUGAUAAAUAUUAUGUCACCAAUUAUAUAAACGAACCAUCAAAUAACAACAAACGGUACAAAUCAUACACUGCAGAAUCAGAAGAUCCUUCUGGAUUUACUGACAAUGAAGAGGAGGAUUGGUCAGAUUGGACCAAUGAAUGUAUAUCUACAACAUGUUUAUUUUGCAAAGAAAGCACUCAGGAUUUUGCUCAAAUUUUGGAACACAUGAAAUCAAAGCAUAAAUUUAACUUUGAAGAUGAAACCAAAGAAUUUACAUUUUAUCAAAAGGUAAAAAUAGUAAAUUAUAUAAGAAAGCAAAUAUACAUAAAUAAAUGUGUUUACUGUGAUGAAAGCAAAGAGGAUCUUAGUGUUCAUAUGGAUCAAGAAAAUCAUUGUAAAUUGCCACAAAAACGGAUAUGGGAUCAGCCAGAAUUUUUUUUUCCAAUGUUUGAGAGUGAUUCUUUUUUAUACAACUUAGAUACUGAUAGUGACACUGAGGAAACAACUUGAAUCAUGUUUUAAGUCAAGUUUGUAUAUAAACUGCAGAGGCAUAAAAAGUUUUAUAUAAAGUUAAUAAAAAAUACAAAUUUUUAUAUUUACAGUUACGUCUUUUACAUUUUGUAUAACGAUGAAACAAUUUUUUGACAUUAGUUUCAAGAAUAUUUUAAAUAAAUUUUAAUGCAAUAAUUGUUUAUAAGA